AUGACAACAACAACAACGACAACGAUAACAACCACAACCACUACGGCAACGACAUCGACUGCAACUACUACUACUACAACAGCUGCAUUCAUAGCUAGUGCAUUUUGGCCAUUUGAUAACAACGCUCUCGAAUUAUACAAUGGUCUUGAUGGUACUCUUUCUGGUCUUCCAUCAUAUACAACUAGUUUUCUUGGAUAUGGAGCAGCAAUUAAUCUUGAUCAAUCAUUAUCUCAAUUCGUUUCUAUCACACCAAUAGUUAUCCCUUUGAAUUCGCGUAGUUUUACUAUCGAAGCAUGGAUUUAUCCUAUUGGUUUGACAGGAGGUGAAUAUGGAAUAUUUGGUCAAUGUCAAUCUACAAGUACCAAUUUAUGUUUACAUUUUACAUCACGAAACAACAAACUAUAUUGCGGAUUCUAUGCUAAUGAUGUAGAAGGCGCUACCACACUGACAAUGAAUGUGUGGACUCAUGUCGCUUGUGUCUAUGAUUCAGUCAGACUGAUACAAGAAGUCUGGCUCAAUGGUGUGCUUGAUGGUUUACAUUCUGGAAAUCCUUAUCAAGGCUUAUGGGGUGCAACAACUAUUGGUGCUACAUAUAGUACAGGCAACAUGGAUUCUUUCAAUGGCUACAUAGACCAAGUUCGAUUUGAAUCUAGAGCUAAAAAUAGUACAGAGCUCUGGAAUGAUGCUUCUCUCUACGUCUAUUAUUCGUUCAAUGAUGGUUCUCUUCUUGAUAAUGGUCCCAAUGGUAUAAAUGGAACUGCUUCAGGUGUUCUAACAAGUAUAACAGGUCGAAUCAAUAGAGCUAUUCAAUUUAGUUCGGGAUCCUAUAUAUAUUACACAUAUGCUCCAUUUUACUUUUUGGGAAUUAAUAAUCAUGCUUUCAGUAUAUCUUUGUGGGCACAACCAACAGGAAGUUAUGCAGCAUCGACACUGGUAUUUGUGGAACAGUUGGCUAGUUGGUGUGUUCACUUUUUGGUAAUGAAUUCAGCUGGAUAUUUAAGUGCAUAUUUGUGGAUUGGGAGCGUUGUAAGCACCAAUGGCCCCAUACUUCCAUUGAAUAGCUGGACACACAUUGGAUAUACGUAUAGUUUGAGUAAUGGUAUUCAAUUAUAUAUAAAUGGUGCUCUGUAUUCAACGACAGGCGGUUUUUCAUUUUCUGCUUCUGGUGUUCCUAUGCAUAUGAUUUUGGGAAACGAUGGGGGUCGAACCAGCUGCUCUCCAGGUUUUGGAGGUCCAUUUACUGGUGCAUUCGAUGAAUUUUAUGUGCAUAAUUGUGAAUUAACGGCAUCGCAAGUUAGUGCAUUAGCGAAUCCUUAA